GGUAAAUAUUAAGACUUGCCACACAAUGCAGUCUGUGUUUAGGCGUGGUUUAUUUCGACCGUGUUAUCAUUGAGCAAAAAGUCUGCAUUCUAAACAACGUUAUCAACGUUGGGAGCAAUUCAGUGGUUUCACAUUGAACUAACAUGCGCAUAGUAUAAAUAAUACUCAGUGGAAUUUUUAAACAUGGCGAAGUUCAUAAAAUCAUUAUUUAACACAAGCGAUACAAAAAAGAGCGAUUUGUAUGAUGGGACACCUUCAGAGGAUAGUACUCCUCAGGACAUAAGGAGAACAUACUCUAUAUCGAGAUCUGGAAGGAUGAAGCAGUAUAAUAAGAAAAGGCACACAUUGUCUAUGGAGCUUUAUGGAGAGAACUACCAGCAAGCUGAUAAGUCGAGAUCUGUAGAGUACCAUGUCAAUAAUUCAACUAUAUUCGAGGUGAAAACGCAUAAAAGGAACAAAAGUUCGGACAGCAAGACCUCACAAGACUCUAACAGGUCUGCAUUAAGUCAUAGACAGAGGACCUUGGAACGCAGCAACGAAGAAAACAAAAGUAAGAGUAGCACAGACGUAUUUGCUCAAGAAAUUGAUGUUGCCUUUGAUGUUAUAGAUAAAUCAUAGCAUUGUAAAGUGUAAGAAAUUUGAUAUGUUUCUCAGUUAAAUGUUAAAAGCGUGGGUACAUUAAUGAUCCUGUGAAAUAUGUUUGGUAGGGUUAAUUUUAAUUGACAAACAUAAAGUGUGACAGUGGGAACAGCGAUACUCAGUGGCGGAUAUUUAUUUGAACAGCUUAACAGUGAAGAACGGAAGGGGGGUGGGUUAUUCAGUCCGUUUAGUAAUAUUUGUUAGUGUACGACGGAAUUAGUUUCACUGAAAAAAUUAAAAUUAAAUAUUAUAUUUCCAUUACGUUUCUUACAAGGAAAUAUGUGGCAAUCUAUAAAAGUAUACCAGCAAGCAAUUUAAAACGCUAUUUGACUGUUCAAUGUAACCUAACAAGUCACCGUGUGUUGAUGUGUAGCAAACAAUGUGUCAAUCGAGUGGCGUUGUCAGAGUGCGUCGUCGGACUCGACCGAUGUGUGACCAGGAUAAGACGUUCAACGGUUUAGUCUCGUCCUAUCUCAUGUAUGCAGCAAUAGAUUUGCGGUCAUUAGAUUCGUUUACUACUUGCAGAGAUCGUAAAUAUAUUUAAACAAUCUUUUUAAAUACUAUUAAAGUUUCUAAUUACUAUGUAUAAUGAAAAGUGUAUAAUCACAAUCAAUAUACAUAUAGAUAAAUUAGUAGUUCCUUAAGUCUAAUGACAUAUAUAUCACUUGUUUACCAGUGUCGAUAUACAAAAUCCCAAUAUCGUAGUUCUAGACUAGACAAUUACUUGAAAUAAUUUUACAUUUCAAUUCGUUCCGUGUUAUUACUGUUAGCAUUUUUAUUUAGAGAAAAAAGGACGUUAGCGGUCAUUUUUCUAUACCUACAGUGAACUAUUAUGUGUACGUAUGACAACAAAAGAGACGUUGCCUUUGAUGUCUUACAGCAGUAAAUAUGCCGGUCUAUUCUGGUCUCUAAUUUUUAUCCAAUAUAAUUAGAUUGUUCUAUUUUGAUCUUUGAAUUUUAAUGCCUUUUGUAUUAUGCACUAGAUGAUUCCAUAUUUCGUGACCAAUGAAUGACUGACUGAGAAAAGAACCGUACAAAAAUGUAUAAGAUUGAAAUCGAAAUUGAGAUUAAGACUCUAGAGCAGUUUUACUAGUAGGAAAAUAGAAUGGUUCAUAGCGUUAAAAUAGUUAUAAAUAGGUACAUUGGUUUUGUCUAGACUAGUUUGAAUAGUAGACAAUUGUUAACAUAAGCAGAUGCCUACUGAAGUAGACACCUAUCUAAAAAUGUUGAAUCGAUCAGAUAUAUCAAAUCAUGAUUAUAAUAUCUAUCACGUUAUUAUUCAUGAUGAUAAUGUUGAAUUGGAUUUGUGAAUAUUAAUUUGUGGCUGAAUAUUAACCUUGUCAAGUGGUGAAAGUAACAACAAAAAAAAACUCCGAAAACUAUAAAGAGUUUACAAAUCUCUUUCUUUCUAUAAAUUAAUUUAUCUAUUGUUUAUUAUAUUUCAGACCAUAUCAAUAAUAAUAAUAAUACAUAGAACCAUAUUAGUACAGUAAGGUCCUAUGGA